AUGCAAGACUAUUACCAUCAAAAUCUAUUUGCGGAUAACCCCAAGGCUUUAGUGGACCUCAGUUUUGUAGGCACCUUGGCCUUGGUCUUUAUCAACGGCUCCAGUCCUAUUGUGCAAUACUUUGUUGCUCGAUUUGGCCUUCGUCCUGUGAUGAUUGUGGGCACGCUGUUCAUUACGCUUGCCUUGGAAAUGGCUGGAUUUGCUAGUCAAAUUUGGCACUUGUAUUUAACGCAAGGUAUACUGUUUGGCGUUGGUGCUUCUUGCAUGUACGGGACGGUAAUGUCAGUGACACCGCAGUGGUUUACAAAGAACAGAGGUGUUGCAUUAGGCAUUGUUGCAAGCGGCUCUGGCAUUGGUGGUCUCCUGGUUCCUUUCAUCGUAACACCAUUGAAUAGCAAUUUGAGGCCUGGAUGGACGUAUCGCAUCUUGGGCUUCAUCUGUUUGUUUUGCGAUGUUAUUGCUUGUAUUUGCGUCAAGGAAAGAAUUGUUCGCAAAAAGGAAAAGAAAAGCUUUUUUAAAAUCAUUGAUGUUAGUGUGCUCAACAAUGUCAAUUUCCUCCUGUUCAUCAUUGCAUCAGAUAUUUCAUUGCUGGGAUAUUUUGUGCCAUUUUUUUUCUUGCCUGCGUAUGCCACUUACUUGGGAUUGUCUGAUUCUCAGGGAUCGUCGCUAAUUGCUGUUUGUUCUGCUAUGAAUUUUGUGGGUCGUUUGGCUUCAGGUGUUUUAGCUGAUCGCGCUGGACGCAUCAACUCCAACAUCACAUUUACUCUAUUAACAACUAUCAGUUGCUUCUUUAUUUGGACAUUUGCAUUUGACUAUGGUUCGUUGAUGGGUUUCGCUGUUGUGUUUGGAUUUGGAUGUGGUUCGUAUGUUACUUUGAUGUCACCUAUUUCUGCAAGCUUGUUGGGCAUGGAAAAGCUGGCUUCUGGUUUGUCCCUGCUGAUGUUUUUGAACAUGUUCCCUGUAUUUGGAACCAACAUCUCCAGUGCGAUUGAAGCCGGCGUCAGUUCUCAGCCUUUUCUCUCUUACAAACUGUUCUCUGGUGUUGCUUGGCUAUUGGGAACUCUGCUACUAGUUUUUUUGAAAGUUAGAAUUAACAAAAAUCCUUUUGCAAAGGUUUAG